AUGCAUAUCCCUGACCGACGAGGUGUCGUCGCCGAAGUCGCCGCGAAGCACCAUCUCACUUUGACCGCUCAGGAGAAAUCUCUGCUGUCAUCCUUUAUCAGCGCGGCAUUAAAGUGGAGACUACUUGCAACCAUUGUGUUAAGUCAGGGGUCGUGCGCCAAUUGCCUCUGGAAUGGCAAGUCAGCAAAAUGCAAUUAUUACUUGAGUCAUACACAAGGAUGGAAUUCCGACGACAGCGUCACAAUUCUUCAGGCUGGUGGACUACUGCAGGCUCUUGGUAGCAGUCCCACUUUGCGAGAUAUUCCCCCUCAAGUAGAAGAGGUUGUCAACGAUCCCAUCGAAGAACAGUCGAACGUAUCCAGAGCUUCACAUACCCCCCACAAGUCCACCACACCUCCUUCUGCCAGCGUCACUGCACAUACCCCAUCAGUCGAAGCUGGGGCAGGUCGCAUCAGCCGUCGCUCUUCCGCUGUUAAGCCCUCCGUUAUCAAAGGUUCUUCGUCCAUGAUUGAUAAAGGAGAAGGGUUCCUAUCGAAACGCCCCCGCGAAACCCCGUCUUUCGGUUCAACUCCGUCAAAGAAGCGUCGUCGUAACCCCCUAGACGGGGAAGUUCUUCCCUGGCCUGUGUCGAUGGUCGACUUCGAGGACCUGGAUCGUCUCCGUCUAACUUUCAAUUGA